GCUUGUUCCAUCAACUUGGAUGAAGAUUCGGAUAGUGAUAGCGAGGUGGAUAGCAUUGAGUCAUCUUCUGCCAAAGAGCAAGAAUGUGAGAAAACACUGCCAUUCAACGCACAGAAGAUUAUCUCCCUCUCACGCUAUGACUUCCAGUCCUUGGUGAAAACGCACACCCUCACCUCGGAGCAGCUGGACUGUAUCCACGAUAUACGUCGGCGAAGCAAGAAUAGGAUUGCUGCUCAGCGCUGCCGAAAGAGAAAACUGGACUGCAUCCAGAACCUGGAAACGGAGAUCAUGAAGCUGCAAAAUGAGAAGGAACAUUUGCUCAAGGAGAGGGACCAAAUUUUAUCCACAUUGGGAGAAACCAAGCAAAACCUCACCGGACUCUGCCAGCAAGUGUGCCGCGAGGCCGCCCUGAGCCGCGAUCAGAUCCAUAUCUUGGCAAAGUAUUCCAGCUCCGAGUGCCCGCUGUCCUUCCUGGUGCCAGAGAAGGGCAAG